AUGCUGACUGUACUUUCUUUGUCCCGCAGUGACUGUGAACACCGAAAAGAGCGUUCUCGCGAAGCUGCGCGUUAUCGUCGAGGCCGUGAAAACUUCGAGUUCUUCGAGUUGGCCAACUUGUUACCAUUGCACACGGAGAUUGCCAACCAGAUGGACAAGGCUUCUAUCGUCCGGCUCGCAGUCAGCUAUCUGAAGUUACGUCACUUCUGCUCUUCAAACACUCUACCUCUUUCCUUACCCAUUCCACCACAGCCGCAUGAAUACCCAACAAACCCUACCACUUAUCAAGAGAAAUCUUCGCUUUACAAUCCAUCUAUACUUCUUUCUAGAACAUCAUUAGUAUCAACAGAGGCGGCAGUAGCCCCAUUCACAGUCGAAUGGAAUAUAGCUGAUCAUCUUCCAAUCACUUCUUCGGCUGACUCCAAAUCCAAACCGCCUAGACUCGACGAGUUAUCAUAUGAACCUGCUAGGUCUUCACAAUCAGUCUCUUUGCCACCUGCGCCCGCGACGAUAACAUUUCCUCCUGAAGAAGCGAUGGUAUCAGCGGCAAGAACGAACUAUGAGGCACCGGUACAUCGGGAAAUUUACCCGUCUGUCUCUUCAACAGAAGGUUGUACAAGUUUGCGAUUCAAUACGAUAAAUGGAAGCGAGACAGACCACCUGCUGAAGAAGCAACGUAACAAUGGUAUCAAGCAAUGUCUGACCGUCUUUCUAGCGGAAAACUACCCUUAUAGACCAAUUUAA